GACAUGAUUGUAAUUAAUUUUUGAAGCAAAAAAAAUCAAUUCUCGAAAAAAAAUGUCACCAUCAUCCUUUAGCUUUUGAAUUCUCUAAAGUCUAAAUUCUUAAUUUAAUACAAAAAUACUUUAUGAAAAAUUUGAGAUAAUUUGAAACCCUAACUCUCCGACACCAACAAUCGUCCAUCACCAGAUUCUCCUACUCUCCUCCACGCCGGCCACCGUGCGCCGUCGCAUGAACAGUAGGGAAGAACGCUGAUCACUUCCAUGGCUCUCACCACUCAGAAGUAAGCUUCUCAUUUUCAUAUUCUCUCUCAGACUUUCACUUCAAGCUUUCAAUUUCAGCAGGUGGGGAGACAACAGCAAUUCUUCGGUAGGAAGAGGAGAGAACUUGUUAUUUUGAAACAGCAUAUUUGAAACUAAGUUGGUAGUUAGAAAUGGUGAAGUUGUUUAAUUUGGGAUCUGAACCAGUGAUUGGUAACUUGAAUUCUUCAAAGAAAAGAGAGUAUAGAGUCACCAAUCGCCUCCAAGAGGGCAAGCGUCCUCUAUAUGCUAUUGUUUUCAACUUCAUUGACUCCCGCUACUUCAAUGUUUUCGCCACUGUUGGUGGCAAUCGGGUUACCAUUUAUCAUUGCCUUGAAGGAGGAGUUAUUGCUGUAUUGCAGUCUUAUGUAGAUGCAGAUAAGGAUGAAUCUUUUUAUACAGUGAGCUGGGCAUGCGAUACUGAUGGGAAUCCAUUUGUUGUGGCUGGAGGAAUCAAUGGUGUAAUUCGAGUCAUUGAUGCUGGCAAUGAGAAGUUACACAAGAGUUUUGUUGGCCAUGGUGAUUCCAUAAAUGAAAUCAGGACUCAAACGUUGAAGCCAUCACUCGUGCUAUCUGCCAGCAAAGAUGAAUCUGUUCGGAUAUGGAAUAUUCACACCGGAGUAUGUGUUUUGAUAUUUGCUGGAGCUGGAGGACACCGUAAUGAAGUUUUAAGUGUUGAUUUUCAUCCAUCAGAUAUAUGUAAGAUUGCCACUUGCGGCAUGGAUAAUACUGUAAAGAUAUGGUCUAUGAAGGACUUCUGGGGCUAUGUAGAAAAAUCAUUCACAUGGACAGACAUCCCUUCAAAGUUUCCCACAAAAUAUGUGCAGUUUCCUGUAUUCACUGCUUCAGUUCAUUCAAAUUAUGUUGAUUGUAAUAGAUGGUUGGGCGAUUUUAUCCUCUCAAAGAGUGUUGACAAUGAAAUUGUCCUGUGGGAGCCAAAAGUGAAGGAACAAUCUGCCGGGGAGGGCACAGUCGACAUACUUCAGAAAUACCCUGUUCCUGAGUGCGAUAUAUGGUUCAUCAAAUUUUCUUGUGAUUUCCAUUUCAAUGCAGCUGCAAUAGGCAAUAGGGAAGGGAAAAUUUUUGUUUGGGAAUUGCAGUCAAGUCCUCCUGUUCUUAUUGCAAGGUUGUCGCAUGUUCAAUCAAAAUCUCCAAUCAGGCAAACUGCUGUGUCCUUCGAUGGAAGUACUAUUUUAAGUUGCUGUGAGGAUGGGACAAUUUGGCGCUGGGAUGAUUUUUCAAACUCUGAAGCUUAACUUAUUUUUCGUGCACUAUCGACAUAAUGUGCUCAAUAUGUAAAACGACAGGAGGUAUUUUUGGUUUAUGGGUUAAAACUCGUCAUGAACAUGAGAAGCUGGUUUAUUUGGUUUACUCGAUCAAUUGAGUGGAUAAUCUCUUUUAUGUUUAAGUUUAUAAUCGAAACGUUUAUUGAGAUCUCUUUGGUUAACAAUCAUUUUGAAAGAAAAUAGAUAUAUAUGAAGUGCAAUGUGUUGCUUGCAAUGGUUUAAA